UAACCUGCAUACUAUUUUUUUAAAUAUCUGCAUUUCAAGGCAAAGUUUGUAUUGUCAACUACUAAAUUUAAGCCCCAAAUUUCACUCACAAGAACUGAGAUAAUCCGUGUGUCUAACCCUUCACUCUUAGCUUGCCUUCAUGGACUCAGAAGCUGGUCAUUAUUGACAAAGAGAGUCAAGAAGAAAGUUUGCCGUGGAAGGAGAUGAGUGAACACAAUAUAGCCUCUGAAGAAAUGAAAUUUCCCAACGCAUUGCAGAAGCAGAAGAGAAGACAUACAAAAGUGAAGAGAGAAGAUUGCUCAGUUCUUCCCUGGCCGAUCUUUGCUGGAACUCUGGCCAUCUUGUCCCUCGGACUCAUGGCCUCCAUAGUAGUAAUCACUGUCCUGAUUACAAACCAAUCUUACAACCAAGGACAUCAAAGCCCUCCUUCACUUCCAAACAACACCACAUCCCAGAGAGAUUGUUACAAUGACACUUGCUCAGAAAACUGGAUUUGGAGUAGAGGGAGCUGCUACUAUAUUUCCAAAGAAAGCAAGCCUUGGCAAGACAGUCAAGCUGCCUGCAAGAAAAAGAAUUCCAGUCUCCUGAAGAUAGACAGCAGAGAAGAGUUAGAAGUGUGUUUACUUACAUUUUGCAGUCUAAUAUUUAUUCUCAGAAGUAGCGCAUCCUGAAGGAACCUGCAUGAAAUUAGUAGUCAGGAUUUUUCUAUUUUAGUCUAUUUGGACUGUCUGAGGUAUAGAGGGCUCUCGACUGACCAGCCCCACGACCUUCCCAGAUAUUAAGAAGGAGAGGACAUCUUGCCCAUUAUCAACAUCAUGAAGUAAUGCAGGUGACGACUUCAAUCCAGAUAGUUUUCCAAAACCUGGCCUCUCUGCAGCAACUGAGAGGCUCCGUUCAUUCAUUCAAUAGUAUUUAUUG